AUGCGUCCUGAAAUUUUCUCUUUAUCACUUUAUACAUGCUUCCUUUUCUCUCUUUUACAUUAUAUUCCUCUCUCUUUCUGUAGACAUGACACGCUUAUCUCUCCUUUUAUUUACGUUUAUCUUUCAUUAGUUUCUCUCGUGUUCAUUGAAAGUCAUCAUUCAUUUUCACUCUCUCUCUCUCUCUCUGUCUCUCUCUCUCCCUCUAUUCUUUUUUCUUCCUCUUUCCGCUCUCUUUCUUUAAACAAUUAUCUCGCUUUCUCUCUCCAUCAUACUCGCUCUCAUACUAUCUAUGUAUCUAUCUAUCUAUCUUUUUUCCUCUGUCUGUCUGUCUGUAUGUCCGUCUCCCCCCCUCUCUCUUUCUCUCUUUCUCUCUCUCAGCUCUUCUUUUCAAAUAACUCUUCAGAUCAUAUUACAUUAUCACUUUUUUCUUUCUUUUUUUCCUUUCUUUCUUUUUUCUUUCUUUCUUUUUUCUUUCUUUUUUUCCUUUCUUUCUUUUUUCUUUCUUUCUUUUUUCUUUCUUUCUUUUUUCUUUCUUUAUUGCGUGUGAAUGCAACCUGUUCUUAA